GUGUAAAGCUAUCUUACAUUUUUUGAUUAAUCCACAUAGACAGCAUCUAUGCAUACAUCGGAGCGUAGCGUCUUACUAGAGGGAGCUGCAUUCUUGUUAAUAGCCGCGCUGCUCCUUAUAAUGUUAACAAAUAGGUUCAACGUGUCUUGGACGCAAUUUGGCCAUCGUAACCGUAACUGAGGUUGCCGGCCGACUGAAUAAUGGCGACCGCGCGGCUGCCAACACACGGACGAAGGUUCCGCCCUGCAAUCCUCAUCGCCAUUUCUCCGCAUCCCCUCUGCGCUCGUUCCUUCCGCGCCCGUGCGGCGACCUCCCUUGGCCAUCGCUGCGUCGCCUCCCAUGCCGCACCCGCCCCCGCCCCCGCCCCUGCGGCCCACACCAGCCCCUGGGGCACCCCAGCACCGCCCCCCGGCGCCCCGACCCGAGUGCGACUGCGCCUCCUCGCACCUCCGCCCGCAGCCCCCUGUCCGCAACCCAGCCGUGCAGCGCUCCUUGCCGCCUGCGCUGGCGGGGCUUUCGGCUGCAGUCCCGGCAGCUGCACCAGCUUAAGUGGUAAGAGCAGCGUCAGCGUCAGCAGUAGCAGCGGCAUCAGCAGCACUGGCUGCGUCACCUCUCGGGGCCCGCUGGCCCGCCGGCCGCUGCCACAGGGCCGUGCGGCGGCCGCGGGAGCAGCAGCGGCGGCCGCCCGGCGGUCUGGUGCGGUGCCAGCGCCUAGAAACAGCCGGGCAUCGGAGCCAGCAACGGCACCGGAGCCACCACACACAGCAGGCUCGGGGUCAGGGUCAGGGCCAGGGCCCCGGCGGGUCGCCGCGGCUGGCCCCACGGUUGUGGUGGUUGAGUCUCCCACCAAGGCCAAGAAGAUCCAGGCGUUCCUGGGGGACCAGUACACGGUCCUAGCCAGUUUCGGCCACAUCCGCGACCUGCCCCCCCGCGAGGGCUCCGUGCGCCCCGAGGCGGGCUGGUCGCUGGCGUGGCAGCUGCUGCGCGGCGCGGAGGGGCGGCUGGGGGCGGUGGAGGCGGCGCUGCGGGCGGGCGGGCGGCUGCUGCUGGCCACCGACCCGGACCGGGAGGGGGAGGCCAUCUCCUGGCACAUUGAGCAGGAGCUGAGGGCCCGGGGAGUGUUGCGCCCCUCCUCCGCCGUACAGCGCAUCAGCUUCACGGAGGUCACCCGGGCAGCGGUCACGGCGGCGCUGGGGGCGGGGAGGCAGGUCAGCCAGCCGCUGGUGGACGCCUACCUGGCCCGCCGCUGCCUGGACUACCUGGUGGGGUUCAACAUCUCCCCCGUGCUGUGGCGCCGGCUGCCGGGGGCGAGGUCGGCGGGGCGGGUGCAGUCGGUGGCGCUGCGGCUGGUGUGCGAGCGGGAGGGGGCGCUGGAGGGCUUCACAC